AUGGCGUCGCGCGACUACCCCGGCGAAUCCUCCACCGCUCCCACCGCACCUCGCGGUAGCGCUGCGCCGGCUCAACCUUCAAUUAGCUCCGUCAUGGCUCAACCGACCGCCUCCACCCCCGACCAGGACGAGUCCCGCACUCCCGGCGGCUCCACCAAGAGACGCAAGCACCGCGGCGGCAAGAAGAGGAGAAGACGUCAGUCCUUCGCCGCACCACCAUCCGAAGACCAUACCGAUGUCCCGUCAGACAUAGGCCCCGACCGCCCCACCUUGGCCGAUGUGACGAGCGAAGAGGCUGUGCGCAGCAGCUUCUACCGCCUGCGCAACAAGGGCAGCAACACUAGUCUGGAGAGUGAGGCGCUACUCGAUCACCGAGACCAAGGUCCCCUUCAGGCCCGCCGACACAGCAUCAUGCAAAGCGGUUUCUACAGCCCGCGCUCCAGCCAACCUUAUAACCGAGGCUCGCCAAGCCACCGUCCGUCGACUGCCUUCCCUUUCCCCACGACCAAACGUUCCGAGGGCUCCCGCACUAAGCUGUCGCGAGCAGAGCGCGCAGGAAACGAGGACGACGAUAGCGCAGACGACCAGACACCGCUGAUGGGCGCGUCCGUGAACCGGGAAAGUCCGAGGUUUGGCGGUUACGGAGGCUUGUCGUCCAUCGGAUCCCCUGUGAUCCGCUUUGCCGACCGCAUGCGCCGCAAGUCCAGUGCUUCGUCCGCCUCCAGCAAGCGGAAGCGGGCUGGCUCUCGGCCGGGCACGAACCAGCAGAAACAAGACGACUACGACGUCAACAAUCCGCCCUCGGUGCCCGGCAGCCCCCGGAUAGAGUCGGACAUGGGCUUUGACGAUGUCAUGCUCACUGGCCAACUCGACCGGCAAAGGUCGCGCGAUCUGGAGCGUGAGCCUGGCCCACUGUCGCGAGAUGUUCUCAUCGAGAUAGACGACGAGAGUGCCGUGCGCAGCCCCAGGGGCUCGUCCCCGGGAUCGCCAAGGCACGGAUCGAGCCACCUGGAUGAGCACCCGGCCGAGCGGGAUGUGUGUUUCCCGCAGGAUCUGAUGUCUGAUAUCGGCCGCGAAGAGUACACGCACCCGACUGAAGGCCCCACAAAGUCUCGCAGGAGGAGAAAGAAGGCGUGGCCAAACAUCUCGGCGCUCGAGGAGUGGGCCACGCAAGAAAAGGAGCAGCGCACUAUUGAGGGGAUUCGGGCACGUAAGGUCAGCGAGCCGCUUCUCGUCGAUGGCAGGCUUCGUCCGCAGAAGAGAGCAUGGCACCGCGAGGACGACGAUGCCCCCUUCAGAUUCACAUAUUUCAACGAGGAAUUCCAGAGUACCCUGCACAGUCAUACUCUGUCCGAGCUUCUCCAAGAGGGCCAGAGCUUCCGCGAUCUCUUCAUCCCAGAACCUCCCAUUCUCUCCGACGACAGCUCGGAUGAGGAGGACGACGUCCCCACUCAUGCCAACGGUUUCAACAGGAGGCUUGCAGCAUCUCCGAUGCUUGGGUCAGAAAUGUCAAGGCAAGCUUCGCGGGCUUCGCGAGCUUCGCGGGUCAGCAACCCAAGGGCCAACAACUCAUCGGGCGAGAACACGGCCGGGGAAGGGACGCCCACGCAAUCGUACACGCCCAAGACAAAGGAGAAACGCUACGGCGCGAGACCUGUGUUCUGGCUCGAUGUCAUGUCUCCCACGGAAGGCGAAAUGAAGGCUCUGACGCGAGCGUUUGGCAUCCAUCCUCUCACACACGAGGACGUGAUGAUGCAGGAGCAACGCGAGAAGGUCGAACUGUUCCACAACUAUUACUUUGUGAACUACCGUACUUUCGAGCAGGACACCAACAGCGAGGACUACCUGGAGCCGGUGAACAUAUAUUUCAUCGUGUUCAGGGAAGGAGUCAUCAGCAUUCACUUCUCCAUGACUCCCCACAUGGCCAACGUCCGCCGUCGGAUCCGCCAGCUGCGCGACUACUUGAUCCUCAGCUCUGAUUGGAUUGCGUACGCGAUCAUUGAUGACAUCACUGACGUCUACGCUCCGCUUAUCCAGGGCAUUGAGGACGAAGUCGAUGACAUUGACGAUCACAUACUCCGGAUGCACACAGCAGGACCGGUGACGGAUGGAGACAGCAGCAAACUGAAGAAAAUGCUACGAGAGUUCGGAGACGAGAAGCAGUCCGAGUACGGCGAUGGGACAGCGGGUGAAUCGGGUGGCAAUAUGCUUCGAAGAGUGGGAGAGACCAGGAAGAAGGUGAUGGCGCUGUACAGGCUUCUGGGCAACAAGGCGGAUGUCAUCAAGGGAUUCGCCAAGAGAUGCAACGAGCAAUGGGAGGUUGCACCCAAGACAGAGAUUGGGCUGUAUCUGGGCGACAUCCAGGACCACAUCAUCACGAUGACUGGCAACCUGAGUCACUACGAGAGCCUUCUUUCACGCGCGCACGGCAACUACCUUGCGCAGAUCAACAUCCGAAUGAACGAGCGCGCGGAGCAGACGAACGACGUGCUCGGCAAGCUGACGGUUCUGGGCACGAUCGUCCUGCCAAUGAACAUCGUCACGGGCAUGUGGGGUAUGAACGUCCAGGUGCCCGGGCAGGAGGUGGAGAACCUGUAUUGGUUCUGGGGCAUCACCGCCUUCCUCAUCAUGUUCGGCUUCACAUGUUUCUUCAUCUGUAAAAGGUACCUGAACAUGCAAUUCCUCUAG